AUGAUUUUGCCGAAUUGUGAAACCAUCGUUGCAAGGUUUUUGCGUGGGUACUAUUUUGAAGAGAGGACGUGUACACCGUUUAUAUGUCUGUCCGAAAGUGGCGAUUGGUCCAACCAGAGUGAUUGGAGCUUUUGUUCAAGCAGUUGUGGCAUUGCUGGUCAUCAGAUCCGGAGCAAAAUGUGUUCUAAUCCAGUACAUUCCAACAAAGGUUCAUACUGUAUUGGUUCAUCAUUCGAUCAGCGAUCUUGUAUAUUAAGAACAGCCUGCAUUGGAACACCAAUUAACGGAAGAUGGACAUCAUGGUCUGAAUGGUCAUAA